AUGAAGAAAAUAACUAAUAUAUUUAAAAAGAAUGAUGUUAAUAAUUUACAAUUUACAAAAUAUUUAUUUCUUAUAAUACGUGAUUUUUCUCAAUGGUCAACUACUGAUGGAUUUAAUCAUAUUUUUGGAUCAUCUAAUAUAUAUUUAGUUAUCUUUUGGAUUAUUGUUACUAGUAUAUGUACUAUUUUUGGUAUAUAUCAAAGUUUUCAACUUAUUAAUGUAUACUUAACAUAUCCAGUUAAUACAGAAUUAAUACCAAGAUAUGAAGAAAUUAUAUUUCCUGCUGUAACUAUUUGUGAAAAAUCACCCUAUAAAAAUAAUAAAAAAAAUAAAUAUUUAAAUAAAAUAAUAGAUAUAUUUGAAUCAAAAAAAAAUUCUUCUUGGGGUUUGUAUGAUAUUGAUGAUGACAAUUAUUUACCAUAUGAUGAAGUACUUCAGUUUUGGUUAAAAAUAUAUUCUAAUGAAUUAUUAGAUGAUGAUAAUAUUAAUUAUAAAUGGAAUGAUAAUAUAGUAUCAUGUUUCUAUAAUCAUGAUAAAUGUGAUGAAGAUAAUUUUAAAAUCUUUAAAUUACCAACUUUUGGUAGGUGUUUUACAUUAAAUUAUCUUGGUAAAUGGAAAGUUGCUAGAAGUGGUAAUGAUUAUGGUUUAAAAAUAACAUUUAAAAUUAAUGAAAAUGAAAUAUUACCUUUUUAUUUAUCAUAUGGUGCUGUAAUGUAUAUUCAUUCAUAUCAACAAUAUCCUUUUGUUGAAUUAAAUCCAAUAUUAUUAGGUACUGGUAGUGAUAUAUCAAUUGGUUUAUCAUUUUCAACAGUUUCAAAAUUACCACAUCCUUAUGGUACAUGCAUAAAAAAUGAUAAUAAUGAAUUAGAUAAUAUUGAUAAUUUUUAUAAUGAUAUGUAUGAAAAUGAAAAAUGUAUAAGAUCAUGUAUUCAAAGAAAAAUUAUUGAAAAUUGUAAAUGUUAUUAUGCUGGUUAUGCUAUUUCUGAUGAAUUUUCAUCAAUCAAAAGUUGUUCUGAAUAUAUUGAUGAAAAUGAAUCUAAAAGAAAUGAAAUAUACCAAUGUAUUAGAAAACAUAUAUAUCCUACAUUUGACAAUAAUGAAAUUAAAUAUUUUGUUAAUAUUUCAAGUGACUGUACAUGUUAUGAAGUUUGUGACAGAAUUUUCUAUGAAUAUUCUUAUGCCUCUGGAAAAUAUCCAUCCUCAACAUAUAUUCCAAUGGACUGUAGGCAAUCAGUAUUGACAGAUUUAAAAAAUAAUAAUAUUACAAAGCCAUAUGGUUACUCUCAAGAAGAUUGCCUAAUUUAUUACUCUGAAAAUGCAAUAAGUGUAGAAAUUUUUUUUGAAAAAUUAAGUUACAUUAAUAGUAAUGAAUAUGCAGAAUAUGAGUUAAUACAAUUAUUAUAUGAUGUAAUAGGUGUUCUUAGUUUUUGGAUUGGUAUAUCAAUAAUAACAUUUCUUGAAAUAAUAAUUUUUAUUGGAACUUUAUUAAUUUUUAGUUUACAAUUUUGCUUAAAUUAUCCAAAAACUAAAAUAAAAAAAAGAGAGAUACGUAAAAAUGUAGGAGAUGAUAUUAAAAAUGAUUUGAAUAAACUAAGAAAAUAUCCACAUAGAAAAGAUCUUUAUGAUAAAGCAGCUGAAAAUGAUAAAAUGCCUCCUAUACAAGAAGGUUAA